AUGUCGAACAUCUUACUCGUCAUGAAGACGGGAGCCUCAGAAGCCUACUCUAAGAUCCCGACGCAGAUGCUCACCAAUCUUCGAUGCGUCCCCGAGUCCAACUUUCUCAUAUUCAGCGACAUGGCGCAGUCCAUCGCUGGCCAAGAGAUCAUCGACACGCUGGACACGGUCCUUCCCGAGGUGAAAGAGCACCGGGAUUUUGAGCUGUACCACAAUCAAGUAACGUGCCCGAUCGAUCAAGAGACCUGCAACAAAGGCAUCGAUGUAGCCAAGCAGGGCUGGGCGUUGGACAAGUACAAGAACGUCCACAUGGCCGAGAAGGCCUACGCGCGCAGCCCUGGGUUCGACUGGUAUCUGUACGUUGAUGCGGAUACGUAUGUCGUCUGGUCCACGCUCGUCGAAUGGCUCUCGAGGGUCGACGCCAAGGAGAAGAUAUACAUGGGCAGCGUGGCUAUGCUUGGCGGGUUUUCUUUUGCCCAUGGCGGUAGCGGCUAUCUCGUGUCCCAGGGCAUGAUGGCCGCCAUGUUCGAUGGGAAGGAGAAUGUGGCCAAUAGAUUUGAUCAAAACGCGACUGGGCUCUGCUGCGGCGACGCCCUCUUCUCAAUGGCCUUGAAAGAGGAGACGGACGUAUCGGUCCAGAACGUGUGGCCAACCGUCAAUGGAGAGAAGCCGAACACUCUGUCAUACGAAGACGCACAGUGGUGCCAGCCACUGGUGACGAUGCACCACAUUGGGAGCGAAGAGGUCUCUGAUUUCUACGAGUGGGAGCGCAGCCGCAACUACACACAACCCGUGCGCAUCAAGGACCUGUACCACCAGUUUAUCAAGCCCCACCUCGGCGACACGAGGGCGGAGUGGGACAAUCUCAGUGACGAUAUACGCUACGCCGAUCGCGAUGCCGAUGGGGUCGACUCGACGGAUGACAAGUAUCGGUUCGACAACCUGAGCGAGGUCGAGCAAGGGGCACACACCAGCGCCACGAACUGCCGCGCUGCGUGCCUGGAAUCCGAUCAGUGUAUGCAAUGGCGAUUUCAUCGCAAUGUGUGCUACAUGGGCCGCAAGAUCAUGCAUGGCAACCCCAACAUCCCCGACGACGGCGACGGUGAAAAGAUGGUCAGCGGCUGGCACAAGGCUAGGAUCAUGACCUGGACAAAGGAGCACGAAGACUGCGGCGAGAUCCAAUGGCCGAACGUGAAGACCUCCAACUGA